CAAACCCAACUACCCAAUGCGGACCUGUUCAUUUAGACCACUUUUUUGUGGGCGAUAUUAUCAAAAAUUUUUUUUAUAUUUCAAAAACUUUUUAAACCAAGGAUAUCACUGCUUUACUGACUCGUACAACUAAAGGCAUCAAUAUCCUGGAGUACUAUAAAGAGAACAACACAUUAACAAGUGUCCUCAGAGAUGAAGUAAUCAACAUUAUUGUUGAAGAAAUUGUGCUCAACGGCAUUACUCUGAAAGCCAAUGAUUUUGCACCUUUGUUUAAUGAAAUUUGCUCACUUUUUCCGACAGAAAGAACUGCUGAGGAUUACUAUUUCAUACCGCGAAAGGGAAGAAAUAACCCAGGGGGUAAGCUGUAUGUGAAAUACAAAAAUCAAAGGAGCAAAAAAAGGAUACUGGGAGGCUCUAUUUCUGAAAAUGUGCAGUCUUCUUCUAAGCAACAAGUCGAAUCUGAGGAAACAAAUGAGAAAGAUGUGGAAAUUGACGAAUCUAUAGCUCUAGGCUUAAAAACUUCCUUAAGCAGAGGUAAUGCUGACUGGACAGAAAUUUGUGAUAAGUGGAAGAAAACCUACCCUAUUCGGCAAAGGGAUUUGAAGUCAAUGAAGACUAAUGAAUUUUUGCAGAGCUGGCCAAAACUUUUAGAUUCGAGAGCUCCUGAUUUGAUGAAAAUUGAUUUUAAUAUUAUGUAUCCGGGCAAGGAACAUUUGCUACUUGCAAAAUGGGAAAUAUUUAAAGAACAAGUUUUGCGGUUUUAUGAAGCCAAUGUCCAUAAUGAAUUUUGCAAACAGUUACUUCAGCAAGUAAAGUCGUCUGUUAGCAAAGACGUCCAGGAUUACAUAUGUGCGAUAUUACUUAAUGCAGUUAUGCCAUCUUCCGCACGGUAUAAAAACGAGCAUGGAAAGCGCAACAGAAAAAUGACAAUAAUAGAUGCCCAAGAAAACUUUGUAUUGCAGCUGACUUCAGUUAAUGACUACCAAAGAAAAGUAAAUGAUAUUAUCAACAAAUAUUAUUCAGCUGGGUUAACUCUGCAGCCGUUUCUUAUAGUCGAGGGCUCGGUUGAAACAGAUUUGAAGGGGUAUUAUAUUUAUUUUGAUAGCAUUUUGUACAAACUUAAUUCGUUCAUAGAAAGCUUGGAUUUAUGCUUUAAAAUUUUUCAAAUUUUUUCACUGAACUAUCCCAAAACAUGCCAGCAUCCGUGGCUUUUUAUACAGCAAUAUUUUUUCGAAAUUAACACAAUUUAUGAUUUUAAAUCACCAAACAUUACUCGUCUUGUUAACUAUUUGAAAAUUAAUAAGUAAUUGCACAAAAUGUAUUCUUGUUUUCGUUGUCUUAAAGAAUUUUCUGAAUCUAAAAACCUAAUUUGUCAUUUCAAGAUUGACCACUUAAUGUCUACCAAGUUUCUAAAACUUCGGUGCGUACAAGAAAACUGUCACCAAACAUUCACAAAUUUUACAUAUUUUCGUGUUCAUUUGGAAAAACAACAUAAAUUUGAAAAAUGUAUAGAUGAAAGAAGUCCCAACUCUUUUUCGUUGCCAUCAGCAACGACUUUCCAAAAAAAAGUUUCAGAAGACACAGAAGAAAACGAUAAUUUAAUUCGACAAAACUGUAGUCCCCCCAAAAAUAUAAAUACUUUAGAAACUAUAAAUAGUUUAAAGAAAAAUGCAUUAGAGUUAUCCUUGAGUUUAUAUGAUCAAAACGCCAUGCCUAGAAAAAGAG